UUUGACCUAUUGUCCUCGUCUGCAUUUCAUUACCUAUCAAGGCCUUUUACAUGUACAUAUACUGUAUAUUAUUGUUAAUAUUGAGUGGACGUGUGGGAGUUUCAAAUGGCUGACCAUAUGGACACAAUAUGUACACAAUGUUAAAAGCCACCAAAUGUUAAUGCUGCAUGUGGAUAUUUACUUCUCUGGAAUUCACAGAUCCCAAAUUACAAGUACAAUAUACCGAUUACCAGUUUCAUAUAGAACUCAGUCUGACAAAUAUAGAUUUCACCAAAAAUGUGGAUUUAAAUCAAACAUAAUACUAGGUAAAAUUUGUGUUUUCUAUUAUGCAAUAUCCAAGGCCAUUUUCUUUUUAAAUGUAAGUUAAAUAUUUUUUUUUCAUUAAAAUACUAUGAUCUUGAAUGUUGCCCUUCAAUUGAUUAAAAAAACAAAUAAGCAUAAUUUCCCCUUGUGGUGAAAUUAAGUAUUUCAUGCAAAAAAAGAAGACCAGGACUAUCAAACCAAUGUGAGGAUGAUGUACAGGGCUGCCACAUAAACAAUAAACAACACAUGAAGCCAGAACACUUUUUACAAACCUGUAAGCAAUCUUCUUCUGGACUGGCACCAGCAUUCACCCACAUCUCAGGAUGAUGCCAGAGAAGAUGAUCAUCAAUGUCUGGAUACUGCAGGUGGAGAUGCUGCAGGUACUUUUUCAUCCCUGUGACGAUAUUGCGAUUCUCCCCCGUGACCCAGACCAUGCUGUGUGGAAAAAAAACUAACAGUGGGAAACAUAUGAUGAUGUAGAUUCUAGAGGAAAAGGUGAAGGACACAGCACUCUUAUUAGAGGAGUGUCUCACAUUAUAUUAUUCUCUCAGCUUUGCUGGGUAAAAAAAGUAACUGCUGUUAUGUUUUACAUAAAUAGCAAUAGAACUGAUAUUCACUGAUAUCCGUGACGUUUUGUGGGUGCACAUGUCAUGAAACAAUAAUGUAAAUUUAAAGGUCCAAUAUCGGUGUUUUAACUCCUGCCAUCAAUAAUGCAAUGAACAGGACCUCCAAAAAAAUACAAAUACUCAAUCAAACUGAGUACCAACCCACACAACGAUGAACUGUACUUCAUUCAGGAAACAAGGAGAUCACACUUCAGUCAGCAAAAUCACCUCACACAUAAAUGGUUUCCUCUUGAUCAGACUACAGUUCUUAAUUUGGUUAAAUAUGCUUUCAGAUAAUUUGGAGGAUUUUUAAUUAUUAUUAAAUGUAUGCUAUUUUUUAACUCAAUAAGAGUUGUCUGACCAACAGGAGACCAUUUAUGGUUGAGGUGAUUAUGGCGACUUCAGUAAGUCAUUAAAGUUAUUGUGUUAUUUAAAAUAAUAUUUAAAUUAAUUAAAUUAUAUUACGUUUAGAAAAUUCCAGUAGAUAUGCUCAAUCACAUUUAUCCAAAAUAAGAAUUGUAGUCGGACCACAAGGAGACCAUUUAUGUGUGAGGUGAUUUCGUUGGAGGGAAUUUAUUAAAUAUUAUCCCAAAUUUAAAAGAAAAAUUAUGCUAAAACUAAUUUUUCCGAAAUAAGAGUUGUAGUCUGACCAAGAGAAGAUAAAUUGUGUGAGGUGAUUUUGGUGACACUGCAUAGUGGUGAGCCUAUUAAAUUUUCAGCAUUGCACUUUGUAGACGGUCCCUUCGCACUUGUCCAACUGCCAGCAGCCCAUAUGUUGUAGCUCAUUGUGUACCCUACUCUGAUGGGAGGAGGCUUUGCAUGUGUUUUAACAAAGUUUCGUUUAUUGGGUAUUGAUGUGGAAAGUCCGAAUCUGUGAAUAUUUUCCGAACUUUAACUGUCAAAUUCUGUUUUUUAAAAAAAGAUUAGAAUGUGGUUACCAUAGCAACCAAAACCUUGAUGUCUUUGAUCUAGAGUCACCUAAGUUAAAGACAAGACAUCCACCUAGAUCAAAGACAAUUCCAAAUGUGUCAUCACGAUUGUACCUGGCAUGAUUAGUGUUUGUAUUGCUUAGGGAAUUUACUGUUAAUUACAAAACCAUAGUUGAAUUCGACUAACGUUCAAAUUUCAGAAAUGGACCCAGACAAAAUGGUAGAAGAUUCUGAGGUAGACAUUAUUUCAGUAUCAAAUAUAUCAAAGCGAUAUAUCAGUGUGAAGUUACUGGGUAAAGGGGGUUUUGGAAAAGUGUACAAGUGCUUGAGCUUAGAAACCAAGGAGUUGGUGGCCUUGAAGGCUGUGCAGGAAAACUAUGGCAAAAGAGAGUUGGACACCCUAAAAGCACUGAGGGAACUUGAUCAAGACAAGAACAACUUGGUCAGGUUUUACAAGCAUCAUGAACAAAGAGGAAUGGUUUAUCUGGAAUUUGAAUUGCUGGACAUAACUAUCUAUGAGUAUAUGGACAAGUCUGGCAGGCCACUGCUUCUGUCUGAGAUUCAAGUAAUCACACAACAGAUGCUGGUGGCUCUGAACGCCCUCAAGAGCAUAAGUCUGGUACAUGCAGACAUCAAGCCCAAUAAUAUAAUGUUGGUAAAUCACAAGCUACAGCCGAUGAAGGUGAAGUUGAUUGAUUUUGGUUUAACUAUUCCUGUCAAUACAGUCACUAGAAAAAACUUCCAGGUCCUUCAUUUCAGGGCCCCUGAAGUCAUGCUGGGCCUUCCUCUGAAUGAGGCUACGGACAUGUGGUGUCUUGGUAGCGUUUUGGCCUACAUGUACCUUGGCCAAAGCUUGCAUACACAAGGACAGUGCAAAUAUCUGACAAUGAAAAAGAUUGUAGAGAUGCAUGGUCAGCCUGCAUAUUACAUGCUGAAAAAUGGGAAGUAUACUAAAGAAUAUUUCUUGAAAGACUCCUAUGAUUCUUCAUGGUGGCUGAUAAACACCUGCUCCUCUAGUGGACAUGAACAUUCAAGAGAGAAGAGAGCAUAUUUCGAUUUGUGGAGCUACUCAUUUGACUCCAGAACCUAUACACGGAACCUUGUAGAAAGUUAUGAGGGAAGCAGAAUUCCUUCCUUUGGCAAUCUCGAUGAAUUUGUGUUAUCUCGCCAAGAUACCAUGGAGUAUGAGGAGACACAGGUCUUUUCAAGCCUCCUCAAACAGAUGCUUGAAGUAGAUCCAGAAAAAAGAAUCACACCCAGCGAAGCUCUGCAACAUCCUUUUAUGACCUUGAAGCACUUUCAUAGUGACUCUAAUUCCAAACCUAAUAUGCCAUCAUACUAUUUGACAAAACAAGAGGAAGAAUGCAAUGUAAAGGGCAAUAACACUUUGGUUAGUAAAGGAGCUGACACAUAUUCCACUUCUAUAAAAAGGGAUGCUUUCAACAAGGAGGAACCACUACUCACAGCUUGCCCAUAUGAAGCCAGAAUCACUUUCACACUUCUUCAUGGAACCUCUGCUGAAGGAAUCAACAGGAGGAACAAAAGUUAUGUUGAAGUAAAAACUCAAAGGAAGUAUUUUAAGAGGAUUCACCAAUUCUUCUCUCGGCUGGUCAGUAUUUUUUGUUGUGGCAAGGAGGAUGUUACUGAAAAAAAGUGAUGAGUUUUGUUUUACCAGACCACGCCAAUGCUAAACCGAAGUGUUGAUAUGCAUGCUUGAGUGUAACUGCCUGCAUAGGGGACAAUUUAAAGUGACUUUUGGAUCAACGUUGUUCCCCGAGCUGUUCAAAAACACAAGAGCUAUUGCGAUGAGAGCUGAACAAUGACCCCCCCCCCCCCCCCCCCACGUACAUGUGUGAGUCGACGUUUUCUCCAAUGAACUCUAUCAAGAGCCAGGAAAGAAACACUCUCUGAUGCACAUCUUGGCCAGUGCUUCAGGAUUGUCACAACAGAAUAUAGGCAAGACAUGAGAAAGAUUGUCUGCUGCUCUCACUUGGCUCUUCUUGAGGUGGCUGUCUAUGUGGAAAGCUGUGUGGACUUGCAGAUGGAGGUCACUUCCACAGCUGAGUCCGGUUCUGCCAGAGAUUCCUUCCUGUUAAAAGAGAGUUCUUUCUUCUCCACGGUCGCCACGUGCUGGUUCAUUGUGGGAACUGUUGGGUUUCUCUGUAAUAUUGUGAGGUCUCAGAGUGGCUUGAGAUAAUUGCAGCUUCUUGCAUUCAAAGGCUUUUUCCACAGCAUCCUCCCAAGGGACAGUCAGCUCAAUGAGGAAGGCGCGCAAACAGGAACUUAACCAGAAUACCUGGUCUGGUCAUAUUGUUGGUUAAGUCAACUAUCAAAGUUGUGGAUGAAAAAGUGACCAUCACAGAGUUGGGGGUCCAGCUGGUUACAGGCCUCUCCAUGGAGAGACUACAGCUCAGUCCAGAGAGCAACAGGGCCAUAUUGGCUAAAACGACCACACAAGGUUCUACAGAGCCCUAAAUAGCGGUGGUGACAGAGGUAGUUCUGGUCUGACUAGAGAUGUUAAUCAGUGAGACUUGCCAGAAGUCCAGCAAUUCAGGAAACCCCAGCAGUCCUACCACCGUGGUAAAUGUCAGCAUGAUGAGCAGCCCCAGAGACAGCAGCAA